CCUUCCUUCCAGUUAACUUAUCGUCUUGGACCCUCCUCUCUCUCUUUAAUCUUUUCUUUUCUUUUGAGGCCCCGCCUUCUGCAGUCUGCACUGUGCUAUGCAGUCGUCUGCCCCCUAUCCAGCACUUUUACAAAUGCACUAACUCUCUCCAGUCUUCUCUCCCAUUGAUCACUUUCAACCCUGACCAUUUCCACACCCGCUCUGCAUCUCACAUUCAUUCUUUCUCUCAUUUGCUCAACCAAAAUGCCACUCAAUCUACCUCUGCUUCUCCUCUUUCUUUCCAUUGCCGUGGUCAGAGCCGAUGAUCCCUACAGGUUUUUCACCUGGAAUGUUACUUAUGGUGAUAUCUAUCCGCUCGGUGUUCGUCAACAGGGAAUUCUCAUCAAUGGCCAAUUCCCUGGUCCUGAUAUAUACUCCAUGACCAAUGACAAUCUCAUCAUCAACGUCUUCAACAGCUUGGACGAUCCUUUUCUCCUCUCCUGGAAUGGAAUUCAGAACAGGAGGAAUUCGUUUGAAGAUGGAGUUAACGGGACAACAUGUCCAAUACCUCCAGGGAAGAACUUCACAUACAUUUUCCAGGUGAAGGAUCAAAUUGGAAGCUAUUACUACUUCCCAUCACUCGCAUUCCACAAGGCUGCAGGUGGUUUUGGUGGCCUCCGCAUCCUCAGCCGCCCAAGAAUUCCAGUGCCCUUUCCAGAUCCUUCCGGGGAUUAUACGGUCUUAAUUGGAGAUUGGUAUAAGUCUAAUCAUACGGAUCUAAAAGCUAUUCUUGAUGGAGGCAAUAAGUUACCAUUUGUUGAUGGCAUCCUUGUUAAUGGUCGAGGACCUAAUGGUACCUCUUUCACGGUUGAACAAGGAAAAACAUACAGACUUAGGAUAUCAAAUAUUGGGCUCCAAAACUCGCUCAACUUCAGGAUUCAAGACCACAGGAUGAAGCUAAUAGAAGUGGAAGGAACACACACUCUUCAAGAAUCCUAUUCAUCCUUAGACGUUCAUCUCGGCCAAUCCUACUCUGUCCUCAUAACAGCAGAUCAACCCCCUCGAGACUACUUCAUCGUCGUCUCAACCCGAUUCACCACUCCCGUCCUCACAACCACAGUCAAGCUUCGCUACUCCAACUCAAACGGACCACCACAAGGCCCUCUCCCGGGUGGUCCAACCAUCCAGAUUGACUGGUCUCUUAACCAAGCUCGAUCCAUUAGGACUAACCUUACCGCCAGUGGGCCCAGACCAAACCCACAAGGUUCAUACCACUAUGGUCUAAUACCAGUCACCAAGACAAUCAGGCUGGCCAGCUCAGCUGGCCAAGUAAACGGGAAACAGAGGUAUGCGGUAAAUAGUGUUUCUUUUGUUCCACUUGACACGCCGUUGAAGAUAGUGGAUUACUUUAAGCUUGGAGGUUUUCGAGUUGGAAGCAUAUCGGAUUACCCAACUGGGCAGGGUAUUUACACUGACACGUCAGUUAUGGCUGCGGAUUAUAGAGCAUUUGUUGAAAUCGUGUUUGAAAACCCUGAAGACAUCGUUCAGAGUUGGCACCUUUCUGGAUAUUCAUUCUUUGUAGUUGGGAUGGAUGGAGGUUCGUGGUCUUCUGGAAGUAGGGACCAGUACAACCUUAGAGAUGGAGUGGGUCGUUAUACUGUCCAGGUAUACCCGAAUUCAUGGACAGCGAUUUAUGUUGCACUCGAUAAUGUUGGAAUGUGGAACGUGAGAUCGGAGAUGUGGGCAAGACAAUACCUAGGUCAACAGUUUUACUUGAGGGUUUACACAGAUUCAACAUCUCUUAGGGAUGAAUAUCCUAUUCCCAGAAAUGCACUUCUAUGUGGUAGGGCAGCUGGGAGACGCACAAGGCCAUAAUGUAUUAUUAUUAAUUUAUUGUGUCUUCUCAACACAAGUAAACCUAUCUUACCUAUUUGCUUUCGGAGAAAGUGAUUUGUAUUAUUUAUCAAUCGGAUUUAUUUCCAUUAGUAGUAAUUAGUUAAUUAAUGACCUUAACUUAAGGUCAUGUUUUCUUACCUUUCAUUCAUAUGCAAAAUUUGUACUAUGGUAAUUUCAGUUAUGAGAGUUGGCUAUGUGUGUUUUGUAUUCUUUAAAAUUAAAUUUUUUUUUUGUGGUA